AUGACUGCUUUGACCAGCACUACGGCAGUUACCAGCAACACUAACAUAUCAACAUCCACCAACAUAUCCAGAUCCACUAGCCCAGCACACACUCAAGCAAAUUCCACUCCCCUGAGCAGUGCCUCUGUGGACAGACAGGCUGUCCAGGUGAUCCAACAGGCCAUACAGAGGCCACAGGGAAUGGCAGCACAGUAUCUGCAGCAGAUGUAUACAGCCCAACAACAUCACAUCAUGCUACAAACAGCUGCUAUCCAGCAACAACAUCAGCAAAAUCUGACCGUCACACAAAGCCUUACUACUACACAGCAGGCUUCACAAACUGGAAGCAGGCAGACCUCCUCUUCACCUCCAUCAACCAAUGGGAAUGUAGUUCAGUCAGCCAGUGUUACACUCCCAACGUCUCCGUUGACGGCCCAGCCAACUGGCCGCAUCCAAGGCGUCAGCUCCACUGCCACCGGGGGUGCUAUAUCCCAGCAGGCCAUGCUCUUGGGUAAUGGCUCUCCCACAGGCAGUCAGGCCCAGAUGUACUUGCGCACUCAAAUGCUGAUUCUUACCCCUGCUGCCACAGUGGCUGCGGUUCAAUCUGAGCUGCCAGCCAUAAGCUCUGUAUCCUCCCAGUCGACCUCAACACAGGUGAGACACUUAGCUCUGUGCACACAUCUGCCUGGAGCCUUGGCAACUACUCAUAGUGUCCAGCUGAAGCCUUCUUCACAGAGUCAGACUGUGGUGCCCUCACUCCCCAAAAUGUCCCUUGGUCCACUCAGACCUGCGCAGGUGACUCGAACUUCUGCGGAAACUUCUAGAGCCACAUGCACACCAAUCCAGUCUCAUGCCCUGAUCAGACACCAGCUUCACUGUACUCACAGUCAGAAGGGGGCACCGCAUCAGCUCAUUAUCCAGCAGAGCACCACCACUCACAGACAGGUCCAGCCCAUUGCCCUCCGGGUAUCAACUCAAGACAAUCCCACUCCUCCGCUCUCUCUCCUGACUCGUACCACUCCGACAUCAGCAACUGUAUUGUCACAGCACAGCGAUGUCCUUUCAGUCCCUUCCACGACUGAACAACCAACUAGUCUACAGCAGGCAGUGGUGGUUUCCUCUUCUGUCUUGCCUCAUUCCUGUACUACGCUGCCCGAUCCUCCUCCCCUGCACCUGGGCCCUGCGGUGGAGCCCCUCCCUCAACCUCCAUCCCUAACCUGCCCUCCGCCUCUCACCAUGGCUCUGCCCAGACUUGCCCAGCCACCACCUGCCUCACUGCAGAGGCUGUCCCUGCGCUCUGUGCAGGCCCUUGCUGUGCAGUCUGACCAGAUGCUGGUGGCAGAGGAUGAACUCCCUGUUGCUGAGGCUCUGGUCCAGCUGCCUUUCCAGAAUCUUCCACCACCGCAGACAAUGGCUGUAGACCUGAAGGUGCAACCAGCUAUUCAGACAGAAGCGCCUUCGGUAAACCUCACAUCUGAUGCGGCUGAGAAAGCUCAGCAAUCGAAGGUGGAAGGGACAUAUGUAGAGGGGUUAAGAGAGGAGGGACGCUCAUGUCCUCAGAGUAACAGGACUCCCACUCCUCCAAUAUCAUCUCCGUCACCAGAGCCCCAGAGAGACUUACACGAUGAACCUGUACAACCAGACAGUUGCACAGCCGUUUUGGACCUUCCCUGCGUAUCGUCGACCAGAUCAGUGAUCCGAUCGCCUGAGGACUCCACCUAUGCCAACAGCUCCCCCCCUCCCUUCCUUUCUGCUGUGGUAAGAAGCACCAGCAGGCCCCCCACAGCCAGCCUCCCAGGGAGUCCUGAGGGCCAGCCCUCACAGCCGAUCGUUAGGCCCCACAUCCUCACACACCUCAUUGAGGGCUUCGUCAUCCGAGAGGGGCUGGAGCCGUUCCCGGUGGGCCGGUCGUCUCUGAUAACGGACCAGCAGGCUACAUUGCCUGAGGACAUGGAGAUGUCAGCCAGUGGAGAACAAGCUCCCAAUGACUGCUUGAUAGACACUGAACAGCCGGAAAAUUCCACAGACUCAGAUGACAUGGAUGAUAUACCUGCUGAUGAUGAACAAGCAGUGGAGAGCCUUAGUGAUGUGCUUCAGUGUGAGUUCUGUGGGAAGGAGGGAUAUGCCCAGACUUUCCUCAGAUCCAAGCGCUUCUGCUCCAUGACCUGUGUCAGAAGGUUCAAUGUCAGUUGCACGAAGCGCCUCGCUUUACUAAAAUCAGACAAAGUCAGCCGCUGGCCCCAUAGAGCAGUGGGCAGACGAGGCAGACCACCAAGCUGUGUAAACGGAGGGUCCAGAGAGCACUUCCUCCGACAGUUGUCUGGCUCAUGUGGAUCGGAGGACAUCCAACAAAUCUCUAGCUCACGGGAAGAAGCGGAAGAGGACGAGGAUAGUCCUCCUGGUCCCAUGACGACAAGGCUGCGUGUGCAGGCAGAGCGGGAGAGAGAGCUGGAGAGAGGGAAGGAGAGGGAUCAGGGGAGGAGAGGGAGUUUCAGUAGCUCAGACGGCCUGUCAAACUCUCACUCUAAUCCUUCACAGUGGACAGUGGAACAAGUGUGGUCCUACAUUAACUCUUUACCAGGAUGCCAAGAUAUUGCCAACGAGUUCCGCUCACAGGAGAUUGAUGGCCAGGCCUUAUUAUUGCUGACAGAGGAUCACCUGAUGAGCGCUAUGAACAUUAAACUGGGCCCUGCUCUCAAAAUCUGUGCCCAGAUCAACUCUCUGAAAGAGCCUUAGACACAAGACCCUUCUCCUGGGGUUGUACAACAACUUCUCCCCCCAAAAAAACUGCAUACAUGUUGUCCUUCUUUGCUACGUAUUUCCUUGGCAUUAAAAAACAAAAAUCAUGCUUUAACAGUCCUGUGGAGUACUCGCAGUGGCCUUAUGGGGUGCCACUCCAUGAACCAACUCUGAUAUGGUCAUGUGAUGGAAGACAAUAUAACCCAGAAAAACUAUAACAGAGUCUAACAAUAUCUCAUUUAAAGUCAGCCAAGCUUGCCUAAGGACAAACUGCAGUGGUUAAGCAAUGGAGGUGACUGUCGCGAGUCUAGAACUAUGAUAUGUCUCAACUGUUUUGGACAAGGGGAUAAUACAGUUCUUGAGGCCAACAGAAAAAAAAAAAUCAACAGGGCCAUCUCUACAAGGGAGUAUCAAAAAUAUUCGAAAUCGUAGUCUUCAGUAACAAUGCAUUUCAAAGCACAUUGUAAUGCUUUCUAAUGAGUAUGGUGAGUAUAAGCCACUUAUUUUGUCUUAGCUGUAGCUCCAAUGACUGCGUGUUAUUACAGAGAAGUUUGCUU